AUGGAGGAAGAAGAGCAAACGUCAUUUUCAAACAUCAAUAAUUCGGACCCUGAAGAAACACCAAGCCCGAGCUCCUCGAAAUCCGGCUUCCCGUUCGAAUGGCUUCCGGUGGAACUUCGCGAGAAGGUCUACGCAAAAACGAACCUGCUCGAAAAGGUGGAUUUGAGAAGAAGCGGGACGAUGUUCGCCGAUUUGAAGCCGCUCCCCUUUUAUGCGAACACAAAAAUGGACGAACUGACGGUUACGCUGGCUUGGAAUCCACAGGAGAACUGCCCGAGCAGCCAGGACCUGCGACGACAGGCCGGACGCCAGAGUGUUAACAUCAUGCUCACCGACGAUUUCGGGCCAGAAGUCCGAGUGGAAUAUAUUUACGACGCUUAUGGAUGUGAACAAAGCUUAACUCUUUGCAAAGCUUGUAACCUCAGCUACUGGUGCCGGUCGUGCCGAAGUUGUCAUGGAUGCUAUGAUGCUAAAACUAGAUGCACAGCAACGUGUCGACAUCAAGAUGGGAAACAGUUCGACUUCGUCAACCGUUUCACGAGGACGUUCCCGGACUUUUGGAGCUACACACUGUCGGCACAUGACCGAAAGGUGGCUCGUCACGCUAAAAAGCUCGACUUCGUUCACGGACCCUUUCGAUAUUACAUGGACAACUGGGUGGCCGAGUUUGAGAAUGAGGACAAUCGGCCCAGCGAGAUGGAUAUGGAGGAGCAGUGGGGAUUGGAUGUCAUUCCGACACCGGCCUUUGCCAGCGUCGCCUUAACCGGAUAUGAAGGCGAAGAUCCAGCUGAUUAUGCGAGCUUCUGGAGACCGCUCCGAAAUUUCCCCUUCCUCGAGUUCACGAUCCCCGACCGAGAAAAUGAGUGCUGGGUGGCGAUGUGGGACGAGUACGACGUUUUUGAGCAAGCGCUAAUUCAUUGUCCGCCGGAAGCCGAGCAAAAACGGAUAAUCAUCGCUGAGCAGCCAGAUCAUCAUGAUGUAUUCGCCGAUGGUGUUGAAUUCGAAGCUCACGUCAAGGAUAUGCUCGAAACAUUAGCGCCCAGAAUUCGGGCUCAAACUCAAGCUUAUCGCGCCGUCAGUACCCGGACAGGUGUUGAGGGGCCCACAUCGACGAUUGCCUCCGCCUUCAAGAAACGCCGUUGCAUCAUCAUCCUCCAGAAUCAAGGAAUCGAGGAGGCUCAGGCCGAGAUUGAGCGUUACCUCGGGAAAGGAUACAUUUUAUCGGAUUCCUGGCAAACCUAUGAGGUCGGCGGUAUGGCCGAGAACUUUACAUUGAGAGAUCGU